CCACAGUGAGAGAAAAACACAGUUGGGAUGUGGCGACUUCUACUAGAAUGAACUCUCUGUUGUGACUUGUGCAUCUUUGAUCGCAUUUAGUUUUACGCUGGUUUGUGAGCCUGGUUCACUUUUUGUGCGUUUCAUUGUUCCUCACUUAGAAGUUGCAUGUUUUCCAAAAUGUCCAGGACAGCGAACAGCGUUCUCGUCACUCUGGCCAUCCUUUUCAUUUGGCGAGUGGAAAAACUAGCAGAGGCCUGUAGCUGCUCUCCUGCGCAUCCCCAACAGGCGUUUUGCAACUCAGACGUCGUUAUCCGAGCAAGAGUGGUUGGGUCUCAGGUGAUUGAUGCUGGCAAUGACAUCUAUGGGAAUGCCAUCAAAAGAGUCCAGUAUGAUGUGAAGAUGAUCAAGGUGUUUAAAGGUCCAAACCGGAAUUUUGAUAUGAUCUACACUGCACCCACUUCUGCCGUGUGUGGGGUGACUCUAGAAACCAACAGCAAAGAGUAUCUUAUCGCAGGUAAAUUGGAGUCUGAUGGGACAAUGCAUGUAACCCUGUGUGACUUCAUUGAACCUUGGGAGGGGCUAAGUGCUACACAGAAGAAAAGUCUUGUUCAGCGCUAUGAAAUGGGCUGUGACUGCAAGAUUACUCACUGUACCUCCAUCCCCUGCACAAUCAGUGGACCAGCAGAAUGCCUAUGGACAGAUUGGGUGAUUGAAAAGAGUGUGAAUGGAAAUCAGGCCAAGCAUUUCGCCUGUAUCAAGAGGAGCGAUGACUCCUGUGCCUGGUAUAGAGGGUCUGCUCCACCAAAAAAGGACUUCCUGGACAUUGAAGACCCUUAAGUCCAGCACUGUGUUUUUGAAAUGUCUGCAUUUACCAGGAAUCUCACAUGCAAUAAUUGUACAAUACAAAUGCAGGACUCUUGUAACACAAAACCUGCACUUCAAAAUCAACUACUAUAAAGCACUUCUUCCCCACAAACCACUUAACUUUGAGCUGAUAUAAAGGGGUCUUCAUAAUGCAGUAUUACAUUAUACCUGUAUUCAUGUGCUGAUGUCUUUGUUUGUACUAUAACUAUAAUUAAAGUAAAUGUUUAAAUGUUUAAUCAGUAGUUUUACUGGAAGCUGGCAACCAGUCAUUAUGUCAAACAAAGCACGAGAACUGCCUUUUGCCUGUUGGUUUAGCAUUUUCAGUGUGUUUUUAAUGUUUUAUAUUCUUCAAAUAAUGUUGAUAACAAAAGGAGUAAAUGCACUUUGCACACAUGUGGAUCAACAAUCGUUCUAUAAUAAAUGUUUGCGGAGGAUUGAA